AAAUCUGUGAUAAUUUUUUACUAUCAAAUUAACAAUAUUAAUUCUUUUAACUCACUAACUUUUCAGUUUAGUUAAAGCUCCUGAGUCGCCGCGGCCAUAUUGGAAUCGUGAUGUCAUAAGCGAGAAACGAUACGUAAAAGUUUGCUAUACUUUUCCUGCAAAUAAAGAGAUGUUGCAAUAAAAUAACACUUGAAAUGGCUCUAAGACACUUGUAAAAACCGAACGCUACAACUUUUUUCUCUCCUGACAGUCAAUAAAUAGUCAUAAAAGACAUGUGAAAUGAAGCCUAUUCCGGCAGAAAACAUACGAUUUGACAGCUGUUGAAGAGAUGAAAAGUAUGCUUUCACAUAUAAAAUCGAAAGAUAACUUUUAUAGUGUUCGGUUUUUACGAAUUUGAUAAGCACGAAACAAGUUAAGCACAAUUAAGCACAAGAUAAUGUGAUAAAACGUAGCGUAAACUUGUUGUUGAUACUCGUUGUUGACACGUCACUUAUAUAAAGAUGAACAAGGAUAAAUGAACUUUCUAUUUUUCACCGCGACAGUACGUCGCUAUCAUCAACGCGGAGUUUUUAGCUGAAUACUCAAGAACUUUAAAACGGACAAAAUGUCUUAGUCUUACUAGCUCAAACGUUUUUCAUACUAUGCGGUUUCAUACUAUGCGGUAACAAGAAGAUGAAGAAAAUAUAUCUCGCUGCUGUAGCAGGAAAUCUAGGUAUGCUGUCAACCGGUCAAUACAUCGGUUGGGCAUCGCCAUCCUUGCCUUUAUUGAUUAUGAAAGAUAAUGAUGAUCCUAAAUCUUCCGUGAGUUUGACUUUGGAGGAAGCUUCUUGGGUAAUAUCUCUACUUACUCUUGGUGGCAUCACAGGUUGUGUUUCUUGUAUAUUUAUGGUGAAUAUCUUCGGCAGAAAGAAAACUAUGCUAUUUACCAUUGUGCCUACGAUAAUCAGCUGGUUGCUAAUAGCUUUUGCAACAUCAGCAUGGGAGCUAUAUGUCUCGAGAUUUGUAGGUGGAUUGUCUUUAGGAAUCGCUUAUUCAGCCACACCUAUGUAUUUAGGCGAGAUUUCACCGGCAGAUAUUCGCGGCAAAUUGUCGUCCAUGCUGACAGUUGCUGUGAAACUCGGCAUUUUGAUCGAGUUUGUGAUAGGUCCAUUUCUCUCAAUGAGAAAUCUCGCUUUCGUCUCUUUGGUGGCACCAUGCCUGUUUGUGAUUGCUUUCAUUUGGUUACCGGAAUCGCCAUACUACCUGAUGCGCUGUGAUGCUAAGCAAAAAGCUAUAAACUGUCUUGUUCAAUUGAGAGGCAAAGAGGAUGUUGACAAAGAAGCAGACAAUAUCGAGCAGUUCGUAAAAACUGAUUUGGCUAACAAAGCUAAUUUCCGUGAACUUAUAUUUGUGCCGGGAAAUCGCAGAGCUUUAAUAACGUUGAUGUGUCUGGGUAUAUUUCAACAAUCGAGCGGCUCUCAAGCCGUGAUGCAAUACGCUGAAACAAUUUUCAACCAAAUAAACAGUAAUCUGGAGGGCAAGUAUUUGACCAUAAUAUUGGGUGUCGUGCAACUAAUCUUCGCGAUUAUCAGCAUGACCAUCACCGAUCGCUACGGCAGGAAGCCACUGUUGAUAAUCUCUUCCAUCGGUUCGGCAUGCUCCACCGCCAUGAUCGCAACGUAUUUUCAUUUGCAAUACUAUCGCGUAGAUACCAACAAUAUAACGUGGUUGCCUGCUAUCGGUGCAGUGACAUAUAUAGUUAUGUAUGCCAUAGGUUUAGCGGGAAUACCGUUUACAUUGGCCAGUGAAUUGUUUCCUAUGAACGUGAAGGCUAUUGGCACUACCACAACUAUAUUGAUAACUAAUGUAACUGCCUUUAUAGUGACGAAAUUAUAUCCAAGUCUAAGUGAAAUGACUGGCACUCAUACAUCGUUCUGGUUAUUCACUGCAUGCAGCAUCAUUAGUGCUUUAUUUACGUUUUUCUACAUAUUUGAAACUAAAGGCAAGACACUGGAACAGAUACAACAGAAAUUACACAGUUUGUCAAAAUAAUGAAGAAUUGAGAACAGAGUAUUUACAUGUGUUUUCUUUCGACAUAGAAUGUUCAUAAAUUAUUUGCGUUUAAUUA